AUGCAGAACUUGACCUUUGGCUUCUCAGAAAACGGCUUCCUUCUCUCUGCUUGGGUGGAGCACAGAGGUCUGAGACCUGUGUGCCUCAGAGAAAACCUGAAGUGUGGUUUGGGAGCACAAGAACGGAUUGCUUUACGAGGAUCAGGCAGCCCCUGUAAGGGUCGCCUGGAGGUGUACCAUGAUGGUCGAUGGGGCUUGGUGUGCCAUCAUGAAUGGAAUAAUAAAAACGGUGAUGUAGUUUGCAGUUCUUUAGGCUGCGGUAAAUAUGUGAAAUCUGGUACCUCCAGCUAUACUUUGAACAGGAAACUGUCCAUGUGGAUGGAUGAGGUAAACUGUAAGGGGGAUGAGAAGAACCUCUGGGAUUGUAAGUUUAAUGGCUGGGAUGUCCAUAAGUGCCACCAAGAAAAUCAUAUCAUGGUUGAAUGCUCAGGUUCCAUUACUUUGAGUCUAAAUCUAAAUGGAAGAACUGAUGAGUGUGCUGGGGUGGUGCAGUUCAACACCCCAAAUGGCAUUGCUAGUGUGUGCAACGUUGCAUGGGAUGAAGCUAAAGCCGACAUGGUGUGCAAAGAGAUUGGGUGUGGAAAACAUUACAAAAUACCAAUGAAUGGAACUUUUGAUGGACAGCGAAGAUACACUGUGCCCCUCAGAUGUAUUGGAGAUGAAACUUUCUCGUGGCAGUGUGUGGACUGGAUAACAGCCAAGUCCAACAAAUGCUAUGAUGAAGCAAGCAUCAUAUGCUCAAAUCACAAAAGUCUCCGUCUGGACAGCAAUGGUGAAAAUGUCUGCGAAGGAACCCUGGAAGAGAAGAGCAGCAAUGUGAAUGCCAAAUGGGUUCCUGUACUGUAUCAGGAUGACCUUAAGAAGGCUAAGAAUGUAUGUCCAAAGCUGGGGUGUGGCAAAUUGGACAGCGUAAAUCGAUCUAAUAAAAGCAAGUAUGCGCAGGUCACAUGUUCAGAUCAUGUUAAAGUUGAGCUGCUGCCUGAAAAAUGUUUUGGAGAGAUCAACAUAAGGGUGAAUGACUCUUCCCAUGCUGUAUGCUCUGGCAUUAUGAAUAAUAUGAACAUAUCUAAUGCACCACUUGCUCAAGUGGUGUGUCAGGAGCUGGGCUGUGGAAAUGUCCUUACCAUGUUGCCGGGCACCAAAGUGACAAAUGGCUUACUUAGUCAUGUUGACUGCCAUGGACAAGAGAAGUCGCUGUGGGAGUGCCUACACAAACAAGGCAAAGUUAAUUCCUGUCAAACCAUUAACAUUGCAUGUUCAGACUCGCUAGAUGUGCGUCUAAUACACGGCCUGGACAGGUGUUCAGGCCACCUGGAGGUGCAGUACCUGGGUUCAUGGUGGAGCGUGAACAAGGAGGAUUGGUCAAGCAUAAAUUCAGACAUCGUGUGUGCUCAUCUCAAUUGCAGAAAAUCCCAGAAUACUACACAUGGACUCUUUGUUACCAGCAAAGCUCCUGUAUUGGAACUGAAGCUGAAAUGCAACAAGUCUUCCAUCAACAUCAAACAUUGCCAAAUGGAGGCCAUGAGUCAGAGCCCUGUGGAGGUAAAACUGCAGAACAAACAUGGUGAGAAGUGUUGGGGAAAAGUGGUGUUCUGUACAAAUGGGGUUUGCGAAGGGGUGUGUCAAAACACCUGGAAGAUGGAACAGUCAAGUAUGCUGUGCAGAAACCUGGGCUGUGGGGAUGCCAUCAAAGGUGAAUAUAUUGGAAACAGAGAGCCUGGCAUCAAAGUGGGCAGUGUGCACUGCCCUCAACAGGCUCAGAAAUUUAGCCAUUGCAGCUUUGUCCUGGUGAAGAACAUCACAGUGAACUGCACAGUUCCAGCCUAUGUUUCAUGCACAGGGAGCGUAAAAGCUGAACUGCAGGACCCUCGAGAUAAGUGUGCUGGAACAGUUCAGUUGUUUUACCUAGGUACUCAAUAUCCAUUGUGUACAGAAGCUAAAGGUGAAAAAGCAUUAACUGCCAUCUGCAAAAACCUCAGCUGUGGAGAACAUCUUAAUUUCACUGUGUUAACCAAUGAGGCUUUUAAAAACAAGGGACUGACCGGCAUCACCUGUAAAGAUGACAACUUCCCCAACUGUGACUUCAGCCAUGCUGUGGUAAAAAUGUGUACAGUCGGCUAUCUCAAGUGUGCAGGUUGGAACAGAAUCCUUCUCACUAACACAACAUCAGCCUGUAAGGGAGGAGUCUACAUUCAGAAUGAAAAUGGUCUCAGUGCCUUAAGCAAUGAUGGUUUGGGGGAACAGGAAGGUAAACAGUUAUGUAAUUAUCUGGAAUGUGGGAAAUUCAGGUCAAAAAACUAUGGAAAACUACAGCCAGAUAUGACACUGUGGAACAAAAGCUACAACUGCUCUAGAAAUCCCAAGAGCAUCUGGGACUGCGAGGAUAAGAAACCGUCAGUGGGGCAACAUCAUCUUAACAUCACCUGUGAAGAUGGCCCGCAGGUGAGCCUCUUGGGUAACUGUACAGGUGAAGUGAGGAUUAAUAAAAAUGAGCGUGUGUGUACGUCAUCUCAGAAGACAAACAUGCGAGUGUAUACUGAGCUGUGUUAUCAACUACGCUGUGGCAUGUUUCUCAUGGACUGGUCUUCGGCGUAUAAGGGCAAAGGUCGUUACUAUAGCUGUACUGGAAAGGAAAACGUGCUGACCCAGUGCAAGUCCUGGAGAGACAACUGUUUGAGCAUCGACUUGGUGACUUGUGCAGAUGCCAUCCAAUUUAGACUGGGUGAAUAUUGUGGAGGCAGUGUUCAAGUGCAGUACCAUGGAACCUGGGAAGACGUAUGUCCUCUGAAGGAUAGUGAUGCUGACCUGUUAUGCAAGGAGCUGAAAUACUAUGUUCCUGUGUUGAAACCCUUCCCACCUAAAACUGGACUUAUUGUGGGUCUGACAGUAGGACUGGUGCUGCUGAUAGUCGCUGUCAUUAUUGCAAUCUGGAAAAGGAAACAGCUGUGCACCAUCAUAAGAUUCAGAGCUUCAGAUAAAGACAUGGAUGUUGAGCUCAGCGGCAACAAUGUGGAUAAUUCAAGUGAUAGUGAAGCAGAUUAUGAUGAUAUCAACCCUGUUGUAAACUCUAUGCAGGAUAAGCAGUCCGGCAGUCAAGAAGUUUUAGUACACAAAGAGGAGGAACAAAGCAUAGAUGGAAGAUCCUCUGGGACUGAAUAUGAUGAUGUUGAAAAAAAUGCUACACAAGCUUCAGCGCCAUUCCUUCCUCCCAGACCUGCUGAAUUACAGGGAGUUUUAGAUGCACAUGACAAGCAAAGAUCCUCUGAGAUUGAUUAUGAUGAUGUUGAUGAAGAAAAUGAUACACAUGAAUUAGACAGCAAAGAGUCUAAGCCAUUCCUUCCUCCCAGACCUGCUCACCUACUGGAUGAUUUUAUGAAUGAGGAGUUGGAGCGACAGGAGGACUAUGAUGAUGUUAUAUUACCCUCAACUGUGACUACUGAGGGAAACUAA